AGUAAAAUAAAAAUUAAGAAUGCUUAUAUAUAUCUCCUCUCAUCUAACCGUAGUUGUUAGUUUGCUGGAGUAGUAGGAGGAACAAAGUAGUUUGAAACAGAUGAUAAGCAUAUUUCUAUACAUGAGAAGGACAACUCUCCAGCCGCUGAUACUCAGAAAAACCCCAUUUCACCAAAUCUCAGUUAAACUACCAAUUAAACUCUUAACAGAAACAAAAAAAAAAAAAAAAAAAAAAAAAAAAAAAAAAAAAAAAAAAAUCGAAUAUGUUAGUCUAUCUUUCACUCUUUUCUUCCUCUAUAUUUCCUAUUGUCACCAUUAAUCUUUCCCCAUCACAUCCUCUUCUAGUCAUGUUAUUCAGGAUGAAGCAGAUCAGUGGCCGAAGGAAGAGAAAUCUGUCCAUAUUUGUGGUCGUAUUUUCCAUAUUCCUCUUUGGAUGCUUCAUGUACUAUGAAGACGUUAAGACAAUAGCUGAAUUCCCAUUUUCCAUGACCAAAACUCUUGGUAUCAGCAAAGUUUCAUCUGUAGUGAUGAGUUUAAGAACAGAGGGUCUCUCUAAACAAGAAUUAGUUGCAAGCUUGAAGUCCACUGAUGAAGAAAAAACAGAAACAGAGCAGAAGAAGGAAAAGAUUGAAAUGCCUACUGAGGAGAAUAUUGAGUUGCCACCUGAGGAUUGUGAUCUUUUUACAGGGCAAUGGGUUUAUGACAAUGUCACUCACCCUAUUUACAAAGAAUCUGAAUGCGAGUUUCUCACAGAAAAGGUCACUUGCAUGAGGAAUGGAAGAAAGGACUCCAUAUAUCAGAAUUGGAGGUGGCAACCCAAAGACUGUUCUUUACCCAAGUUUAAACCAAGGUUGCUGCUUGAGAAACUGAGGAACAAGAGACUCAUGUUUGUUGGAGACUCGCUGAACAGAAACCAAUGGGAGUCCAUGGUUUGUUUGGUUCAAUCAGUGGUUCCUCCUGGCCGGAAAAGCUUAAACAAGACUGGUUCUUUAUCUAUUUUUAGGAUUCAGGAUUAUAAUGCCACAGUGGAAUUUUACUGGGCUCCAUUUCUGGUGGAAUCAAAUUCAGAUAAUCCAAACUUCCAUAGUAUAUUAGACCGGAUCAUUAUGCCUGAAUCAAUCGAGAAGCAUGGCAAGAACUGGAAGAAUGUGGACUAUCUCAUCUUCAACACAUACAUUUGGUGGAUGAAUACUUUUGCCAUGAAAAUUUUACGAGGAUCAUUCGAUGAAGGAGCGAUAGAGUACGAUGAGAUUGAGAGACCAGUUGCUUAUCGGAGGGUUUUGACGACAUGGUCGCAAUGGGUCGAAAACAAUGUGGAUAGCAAUCACACUAAAGUCUUCUUCAUGAGCAUGUCUCCUCUACAUAUGAAGAGUUCAGAUUGGGGCAAUCCGGAAGGGAUAAAAUGUGCAAAAGAGACAACCCCAGUAUUAAACACAUCAAUGCCGCUAAAUGUUGGAACAGACAAGAGACUAUUUGUAAUAACAUCAAAUGUUAGUCAGUCCAUCGAUGUCUCUAUUGACUUCCUCAAAAUUACCUCUCUAUCGGAGUAUAGGAAAGAUGCACACACCUCCGUCUACAUCACUCGGUAUGGCAAAACGCUGACGCCAGAGCAGCAAGCUGAUCCAGCAACAUAUGCUGAUUGUAUUCAUUGGUGCCUUCCCGGAUUGCCUGACACUUGGAAUGAGUUCCUCUAUUCACGUAUUAUAGCCCAUUCUUGGCACUAAGAAGUUUCUUCCUCAUAUUGAAGUGGUGUUCGUGCGCACACCUUAAUUAUUUCAUCAAGUACGCAUUACCGAUACGCCCUUCGUUUUGCAGCUUCGUACUGUAAUUGUCUAUAAUGUUUUGCAUCUUUUUUUGGUUAAGAACCACAAUUCUAAUUUUGAUGCUUUUUUUAUUUUUUUCUCUGUCCUUGUAAAAUUUUCCUCAAGAUAAGAAAAAUAUUUGUAGUUGUAAUUGCCUGGGAGAUUUGCACAAAUAGGAUACUUCAAUGCCCGUUGUUUAAUAUUUGUCUUUGUUUGAAGAUGUAUACGGUCAAAACCGGUUUCGACCUUCGUAUGAUUAGUCAAGAUUUGAACAUAAUGGACCGAAGGUCUUCUUCAUAAUAUCGAGAUGAGAUCGGAAGCCAGGAUGCAGCUCAAGUUUCAGGAACAUAUCAAAUACCGAGCUCGAAGUCAUUAUCGAGCUCGGGUCCAAAUCGAACUAUGAUGUGAAGUGGUGUUAUCGAGCUCAAGAGCCAGAGACCGACCAAUACCGAGACUGAGUCAAUACCGGGCCUCGAGUCAAUAUCGAGCUCGAGUCAAUAUCGAUCUCUAAAUCUGGAGAUCGAUCAAUACCAAGUCCGAUCAAGAUCGAGCUAAGAGACAAGAGCCGUUAUAGCCGC